CACAAAGAGAGAAGUGUCAGCACAGACAAGUGUUUAAUUUCUGAACUUCUCUAAACACAAGACGGCAGAGGCUUUGUACGCAGCAUGGUGGCAUACACAACCACACCAGUUGAUGUGGAGGCUGGUGCUGAGGCGAAGACGGUGGUUUUAGUUGAGAAGAGAUCACCUGCAGAGUGGAUAUGGAAGGGGUGCAGCGUCCUCUUCAUCGUGGGUCUUUGUUUGGGAGGCGUCCUGCUGUUUGCCUGCUACUGGAAUAGAAGGCCAGAUAUGAUGACACAAUCGGGACAGACCGAAGCACCAAAGGAGAAAAACACCGCUGACCCGACAGAUCCCCACCACACACUGAGAUGGAUCAGCAGCAAAGCCAAGGCAGCCAUCCAUCUAGAAGGUAGCGACUCAAAUGGUCAGCUGGAGUGGAGGAACGGUCAGGGCCAGGCGUUCGCUCAGGGCGGCUUCAAGCUGGAGGACAAUAAAAUCAUCAUCCCACACACCGGCCUCUACUUCGUCUACAGCCAGGCGUCCUUCAGAGUGACCUGUGGCAACAGCGGUGGUGACGAGGAAGCUGAAAGAGGCCUGAUGGCUCUCAGCCACAGGAUCUGGCGCUACUCAGAGUCCAUAGGAAGCAGGUCCUCUCUGAUGAGCGCGGUGAGGUCGGCGUGCCAAAACACGGUUCAGGAGGAUGACUUCACAGACGAGCAGAGCUGGUACAACGCCAUUUACCUGGGCGCUGUGUUCCAGCUGAAUAAAGGAGACACGCUGUGGACAGAAACCUACAAGCCAUCACAGCUGGAGACGGAGGAUGGAAGGACCUUCUUUGGUGUGUUUGCACUUUGAAAUGACUCUCUGCUUCACGCAGAAAAGCUGCACAGAGCCUCAUUUUGGCUUAAAAAACUUUGUGUACACAUAUUGUUUUUAUUUCAUCUACAUGGUGAUACUAACAUGUUUUUAAAUCUCAAUGGAGAUGAACCUUCUAGCUAAAGAUGCUAGGCUGAUUUUUUAAACUAUAAACUGUAACAGUUUGCAACAUUGUUUCUACUUCAGGCACUUUUUAUUUAUACUGACCUGAGA